AUGAAGCAGCGUUCACCGACAUUGGGCACGGAGUCGAACUUGGCAAGCUUCGAAGGAUUGCCACAGGGAAAUAGCGCAAAUCAACGCUAUACAGUUGAACAGAGGGCGAUUGACGAAAGUCGCCCAAUGAAGGUGGUCGUCAUUGGAUCUGGUAUUUCAGGGAUUCUCAGUUGUAUCCGGUUGAAGCAACGCAUCCCGAAUCUAGAUUUGUCCAUAUAUGAGAAGAACACGGACCUAGGAGGGACAUGGUUCGAAAAUCGAUAUCCAGGAUGUGCUUGUGACAUCCCAGCUCAUACUUAUCAAGCUACUUUUGAGCCAAACAAGGAAUGGUCUAGCUUUUACGCCAAAGCACCUGAAAUCCACGCUUAUUGGAAAAAGGUUGCUCAGAAAUAUGGAUGCAUGGACUUCAUCAAGUUCAGACGGCAGGUUUCUGAGGCUGUGUGGGAUCAGGAUACAUUCAAGUGGCAGCUGAAGAUUGAAAACCUGCAAGACUCGUCCAUGCUGACCGAUGACUGUGAUGUGUUGAUCCAGGCGACGGGAACACUGAACAAUUGGAGGUGGCCAAGUAUUCCUGGCCUUCACAAAUUCAAGGGCAAGUUGAUGCACAGUGCCUCAUGGGACGAGGGCUAUGAGUAUACGCACAAACGCGUUGCAGUGAUUGGUAAUGGCUCGAGUGGAAUCCAGAUCGUUCCUGCGAUGUUACCCGAUGUGCCUCACAUUGACCACUACAUACGAAGCCCGACUUGGAUCUCGCCUCCAUUCGCGCAUGGCGAAAUAGACAAACGACAUGGAAUAGACAACCUUCACUUCUCGACCGAGGAAAUCAACCAUUUCAAGGCGGACCACGCAUCUUAUCAGGUGUUUCGUAAGAAUGUCGAACAAGAACUGCAGUCUGUUCAUGGAAUCAGCCUAGUGGGUCAUCCAAUUCAGGCUCAAGCACAAGACGCAUUUGUCCAGAACAUGAAGUGCCGUCUGGCAAAGAAGCCGGAGCUGAUCGAUGCUCUGAUGCCGUCGUUUCCCCCUGCUUGCCGUCGACUCACCCCGGGGCCUGGGUAUUUGGAGGCCCUAACAGACGAGAAAGUCGACAUCAUAACUUCUGAGAUCAUCAGAGUAGAUGAAACUGGAAUUAUCACUGCAGAUGGCCAGCAUCGACCAAUCGACCUGCUUGUUUGUGCCACCGGGUUCGACACUUCAUUUGCGCCCAGAAUCCCAAUCAAAGGACGCGGUGGUAUGACCCUCACCGAGAGGUGGAAGGAAACGCCAGAGACUUACCUAUCGAUUGCGACGGAUGGAUUUCCAAAUUACUUCAUUUCACUCGGGCCGAACGCCGGGCUCGGCGAGGGCAACCUUCUCGCGGUGAUAGAAAAGUCGAUAGACUAUUUCACAGCCUGCAUUCAAAAAAUGCAACGGGACAACAUUUGCGCCAUGAGUGCCCGGCCUCAAGCAGUUAGCCAGUUCCGGAAUUAUUGCGAUGAAUACUUUCGAAACACAGUUUUCAACAGCAACUGUCGUAGCUGGUAUAAAAGUGGUACCGAAAACGGACGAGUGACUGCGCUCUGGCCAGGUUCUUCUCUGCAUGCCAUGAAAGCCCUCGCACACCCCCGGUGGGAGGACUUCGAGUAUGAGUAUGUGAGCGACAAUGCAGUUGGCUGGCUUGGAGAUGGUUGGACCAAAAAUGAGAAACAGAACGUCGUCAAUGUUGAUUAUCUCGACGACGAUCAGAUUGACUUUCCUCCCAUAUGCUCACCCACAUUGGAUUGA